AUGUCACAGUUUUUAUGGAGUCUAGGGAAAUUAGUGAAUGACCCCACAACAGCACUAUUUCAAGAAGUAAGAUUUCGUGUUUUUGGAAGCAAUGUUGAUUUAAGCGCUACUGAAGAUGAACCAAUAUGUUCUAAAAACACAGCCAACCCUAAGCCACACUAUAAAAUACCUCCUACAUCAAAGGUGAUUCUAAAAUCAUCAAAAGCUUGUGACACUAGAGAUAUUUCUGAGUUAAUAGAAGUAAAAUCUAAAUCUGUUCAAGUGAAUUUUGAACGUCGUAAACAUCGUCAAGUGUCGAUACAAUGCCAAAAUUUACACCAUAAGACUUGUAAGUCGACAAGCACAAGUUUACAUAUCCAUUCUUUAGAUCGCAGCACCGGUGAGUCCCAAAUUGUAGAAAAAAAAGAUACAGAGACUCAUCCACAAGAAAUGAAGCUCUGCCAAAGUCAUUAUGAAACAUUAUUACAAUUACAAGACUGGGAAGCCCUAAAACAAAAGCUAAAUAGUAAAAAGAGCAGUAAAUUCUGCCAGUUGAAAGCAGCACUCGCCAACUUAGCUAGUUUAUUGAAAAUUGAAAAGAUAGAGAGUUUAUCACCACACAUACAUCCAAAUGAACAAAUAAUGACCUUAUACAAACGUGAAACUUGGCACUUGGUGAAGAAAUAA